AUGGCAGAGUCGGGUGGCCCACCUGGCAUCUCCAAACCUGGCAUCUACAAACCUGGCAUCCCUAAACCUGGCAUCCCCAAAGAUGGCAUCUCCAAACCUGGCAUCCCUAAACCUGGCAUCCCCAAAGAUGGCAUCCCUAAACCUGGCAUCUCCAAACCUGGCAUCUCCAAACCUGGCAUCUGCAAACCUGGCAUCUACAAACCUGGCAUCCCCAAACCUGGCAUCCCUAAACCUGGCAUCCCCAAAGAUGGCAUCUCUAAACCUGGCAUCCCAAAAGAUGGCAUCCAUAAACCUGGCAUCUCCAAACCUGGCAUCUUCAAACCUGGCAUCUACAAACCUGGCAUCUACAAACCUGGCAUCCCUAAACCUGGCAUCCCCAAAGAUGGCAUCCCUAAACCUGGCAUCUCCAAACCUGGCAUCUCCAAACCUGGCAUCUCCAAACCUGGCAUCUACAAACCUGGCAUCACUAAACCUGGCAUCCCCAAACCUGGCAUGCAAGGCGAGCCACACACACUCCUGCCAGUCUCUGAUCAGCGUCAGCAGUCGGUGGUGGUAACUGGUAAAGUCUUCUACCCGCCUGAGUGUGUGUGUGUGUGUUAA